AUGAUUCGUGAACUUAAUAAUAAACCUAAUAUCCAUUAUUUAAUGAUAAACGAAAUUCUUAACAUACAAUUAAGAAAUGGGACAUACGUCCCAAUUAUCCCCAAUUCAUUAAGAAAUGAAAUUCUUUAUUCCUUUCAUGAUCAUCCAACAGCUGAACAUUUUAGGAGGGACAAGACCUGGAAUCGGCUUAAUGAUCUAUGUUCUUGGCCAACAAUUCGUCAAAAUGUGAUUCAAUAUAUUCAAUCGUGUACAGCUUGCGCACAUUACAAUAUUCGACGGUAUAAACCUCCAGAACAAAUGCAACUUAUUGAAUCGCCAGGUGAAGUAUUUGAUUUAGUACAAAUGGAUUUUACAGGACCGCUCCCACAAUCGAUAAAUGGAAAUCGAUAUGUAAUCGCUUUAACAAAUUAUCUUUCAAAAUAUAUCAUCAGCAAAGACGUUCCUAAUGAUUCGACACAAACAGCGGCUGAAUUUCUUAUCGAUAUAACUUUGGAAUUCGGUCCUCCUCACCAACUACAGACAGAUUGUGGUUCACAUUUUACAUCUGCAAACUUCGAAGCAGCUACCAAUCGACUAGGUUGUGUUCAUACAGUUUCAACACCGUAUCAUCCACAAUCGCAAGGGGUGAUUGAACGGUUUAAUGCAACAUUUAAACAACAACUCAGUAAAUAUACAAAUGAACAUUACGAUGAUUGGGAUGUCUACCUAAAAUACCAUUGUAUCAUCUUACAACAGCUCGAUUCAUCAAAUCAUAUAAUUUUCACCAUUUCAAAUUUUUCAUAA